UAAAGUGUGCGGAGCAGGUGCCUCGGGUGCAGUUACAACUUUGAGUCAGAGUUGGGGUUGACUGCUGCACUCAUUCAUUGCCUCCGAGCUGUAUCUUCUGUCCCUCCGUAAUCCCACGGGAAGGGGCUCCAGGCCAGACGCAGCUGCCACCCGGGGACUGAGGCCAGAGGAGGGAGCCCAGAGUUUCGCUGACCCUCCCGGGCUGGGGAGGAGACGGCGACUGAGUCCAUGCAGUCGUGUGCCAAGGCAUGGGGGCUGCGCCUGGGAUGUGGAGUCGGGGGCGGCCGCCGUCUGGCUGGGGGCGCGGGCCCCAGUUGGGCGCCGCGGAGCCGGGACAGCAGUAGCGGCGGUGGGGACAGCGGCGCGCCUGGGGCCUCGCGCCUCCUCGAGCGCUUCCUGCCCAGACACGACGACUUUGCUCGGAGACAUAUCGGCCCUGGGGACAAAGACCAGAGAGAGAUGCUACAGGCCCUGGGGCUGGCGAGCAUUGAUGAACUGAUCGAGAAGACGGUCCCUGCCAGCAUCCGCUUGAAGAGACCCUUGAAAAUGGAAGACCCUAUUUGUGAAAAUGAAAUCCUUGCAACUCUGCGUACCAUUUCCAGCAAAAACCAGAUUUGGAGAUCGUAUAUUGGCAUGGGCUAUUAUAACUGCUCAGUGCCACAGACCAUUUUGAGGAACUUACUGGAGAACUCAGGAUGGGUCACCCAGUACACCCCAUACCAGCCAGAGGUGUCUCAGGGGAGGUUGGAGAGUUUACUCAACUACCAGACCAUGGUGUGUGACAUCACAGGCAUGGACAUGGCCAAUGCAUCCCUGCUGGAUGAGGCGACCGCAGCUGCUGAGGCGAUGCAGCUGUGCCACAGACACAACAAGAGGAGGAAAUUUUUUGUUGACCCUCGUUGCCACCCACAAACAAUAGCUGUCAUCCAGACUCGAGCCAAGCACCGUGGAGUCCUCAUUGAGCUGAAGUUACCCCAUGAAAUGGACUUCAGUGGAAAAGAUGUCAGUGGGGUGUUGUUCCAAUACCCAGAUACCGAGGGGAAGGUGGAAGACUUUACAGAACUUGUGGAGAGAGCCCAUGAGACUGGGACCCUGACCUGCUGUGCUACUGACCUUCUAGCCCUGUGUAUCUUGAGGCCACCAGGAGAGUUUGGGGUGGAUAUUGCCCUGGGCAACUCACAGAGAUUUGGAGUGCCACUGGGCUACGGCGGACCACAUGCAGCCUUUUUUGCUGUCAGAGAAAGCUUGGUGAGGAUGAUGCCUGGAAGGAUGGUAGGGGUAACAAGGGAUGCCACCGGGAAAGAAGUGUAUCGUCUUGCUCUUCAAACCAGGGAGCAACAUAUCCGGAGAGACAAAGCUACCAGCAACAUCUGCACAGCUCAGGCCCUCUUGGCAAAUAUGGCUGCCAUGUUUGCAAUCUACCAUGGUUCCCAAGGGCUGAAGCAUAUUGCUAGGAGGGUACAUAAUGCCACUUUGAUUUUGUCUGAAGGUCUCAGGCGAGCAGGGCAUAAACUCCAGCAUGACCUGUUCUUUGACACCUUGAAGGUUCAGUGUGGCUGCUCAGUGAAAGAGGUCUUGAGCAGGGCUGCCCAGCGGCAAAUCAAUUUUCGGCUCUUUGAGGAUGGCACACUUGGUAUUUCUCUUGAUGAAACAGUCAAUGAAAAAGAUCUCGAUGAUUUGUUAUGGAUCUUUGGCUGUGAGUCAUCUGCAGAACUGGUGGCUGAAAGCAUGGGAGAGGAAUGGAGAGGUAUUCCAGGAUCUGCAUUCAAGAGAACUAGCCCAUUCCUCACACAUCAAGUGUUCAACAGCUAUCACUCAGAAACAAAUAUUGUCCGGUACAUGAAGAAACUAGAGAACAAAGACAUUUCCCUUGUUCACAGCAUGAUUCCACUGGGAUCCUGUACCAUGAAGCUCAAUAGCUCAUCUGAACUCACACCCAUCACAUGGAAAGAAUUUGCAAACAUCCACCCCUUUGUGCCUCUGGACCAAGCUCAAGGAUACCAGCAGCUAUUCCGAGAGCUUGAGAAAGAUUUGUGUGAACUCACAGGUUAUGAUCAAGUCUCUUUCCAGCCUAACAGCGGAGCCCAGGGGGAAUAUGCUGGACUGGCCACAAUCCGAGCAUACUUAGACCGGAAAGGAGAGAGGCACAGAACGGUUUGCCUCAUUCCGAAAUCAGCACAUGGUACCAAUCCAGCAAGUGCCCACAUGGCAGGCAUGAAGAUUCAGCCUGUAGAAGUGGAUAAAUAUGGCAAUAUCGACGCUGCUCACCUCAAGGCCAUGGUGGAUAAACACAAGGAGAACCUGGCUGCCAUCAUGAUCACGUACCCAUCCACUAACGGGGUGUUUGAAGAGAACAUCAGUGAUGUGUGUGCUCUGAUCCACCAACAUGGAGGGCAGGUCUAUCUCGAUGGGGCCAAUAUGAAUGCUCAGGUGGGAAUCUGUCGUCCUGGAGACUUUGGGUCUGAUGUCUCACACCUAAAUCUUCACAAGACCUUCUGUAUUCCCCAUGGAGGAGGUGGCCCUGGCAUGGGGCCCAUUGGAGUGAAGAAGCAUCUUGUCCCCUUUCUGCCCAAUCAUCCCAUCAUUGCAGUAAAGCCGAAUGAGGACACCUGGCCUGUGGGGACCGUCAGUGCAGCCCCAUGGGGCUCCAGUUCCAUCUUGCCCAUUUCCUGGGCUUAUAUUAAGAUGAUGGGAGGCAAAGGCCUUAAACAGGCCACAGAAAUUGCUAUAUUAAAUGCCAACUACAUGGCGAAGCGAUUAGAAAAACACUAUAGAGUCCUUUUUAGGGGUGCAAGAGGUUUUGUGGCUCAUGAGUUUAUUUUGGACACAAGACCAUUCAAAAAGUCAGCAAAUAUUGAUGCUGUGGAUGUGGCCAAGAGGCUUCAAGAUUAUGGAUUUCAUGCCCCCACCAUGUCCUGGCCUGUGGCAGGAACCCUCAUGGUUGAGCCCACUGAGUCAGAAGACAAGGCAGAGCUGGACAGAUUCUGUGAUGCCAUGAUCAACAUUCGGCAGGAAAUUGCUGACAUUGAAGAGGGCCGCAUUGACCCUAGGGUCAAUCCAUUAAAGAUGUCUCCACACUCCUUGACCUGUGUCACAUCCUCCCACUGGGAUCGUCCAUAUUCCAGAGAGGUGGCAGCAUUCCCACUUCCCUUUGUGAAACCAGAGAACAAAUUCUGGCCAACCAUUGCCCGGAUUGAUGACAUAUAUGGAGAUCAGCAUCUGUUCUGUACCUGCCCACCCAUGGAAGUUUAUGAGUCCCCAUUUUCUGAACAGAAGAGAGCUUCUUCUUAAUAUUCUCUCCCUGCUACCAAGUUGAUGUCUCUCCCUGGAGCAUUUGAUAAGCAAUAAAUAUUUCAUCUCCCACCCAG